AUGAUUGACAUUAAUCUUCUUAGAGAUCCUAAAACCAGAGAAUUGGUUAUUGAAUCUGAAAAAAAACGAUUUAAAAAUACCGAUAACAUUGAAGAGAUUUACAAAAAAGACCAACUAAGAAUAAAAUUUAAUUUUGAACUUGAUAACACUAACAAGAAAAAGAACGAAAUUAAAAAAAAAAUCAGCCAAAUUUAUAAGGAAAAUAAAAAAGAAGGAAAAGAGUUAGCUAAAGAUUUAAUUGAAAAACUAAAACUUAUAGAAAAAAGCUGUUUUGAAUUGGAAGUUGAGGUUUCUACAUUGGAUGAAGAAAUUAAAAAGAUGUUAAAAGUUGUUGGAAAUAUAUUAGAUUCAUCUGUUGUGGUAAGUAACAAUGAAAGAGACAAUAAAUUAAUAAGACAAUUUAGAACUAACAGAGUUAUUCAAAAUAAAAAAAAUUAUACAGAAUUGAUGCAGAAGUAUACACACAGUGUAGCCGGUGCUAAGAUAAUUGGGCAUAGGGGUUAUUUUUUGAGUGGUAAAAUUGCGAAACUAGGAAUGGCGUUAAGCAGAUACGCUAUAGAUUUCUUAGAAAAACAAGGUUACACUUUUAUUCAAACUCCUGUUAUGAUGAGAAAAGAUGUAAUGUCUAAAACAGCACAGAUUGGUGAUUUUGAUGAGCAACUUUACAAAGUUGAAGAUGAUUUGUAUCUCAUUGCUACAUCUGAGCAGCCUCUUAGCGCAUUACACAUGGACGAACGAAUGGUUGAUUCAGAUUUGCCAAAGUUGUACUGUGGGCAGUCUCUUUGUUUUAGAAAGGAAGCUGGAGCUCAUGGCAAAGAUAAUUCUGGUAUUUUUAGAGUGCAUCAAUUUGAGAAAAUUGAACAAUUCGUUAUUUGCAAACCUGAAGAGUCAAAGGAAUAUUUUUAUAAAAUGAUAGGUCUUAGCGAGGAGUUUUAUAAAUCACUUGAUAUUUCUUAUAAUGUAGUAAGUAUUGUAAGUGGAGAAUUUAAUGAUGCGGCAUCUAUUAAAUAUGAUUUGGAAGCUUUUUUUCCUAAUGCAGAUAAAUACAGGGAACUUGUUUCUUGUUCAAAUUGCACUGAUUAUCAGUCAAGGGAGCUUAAUGUUAGAUACGGCGUUUUAAAAGAGAAUAAUAAAAAGGGUUAUGUUCAUAUGCUAAACUCUACAUUAUGUGCUGUACAAAGAACACUUUGUUGUGUUGUAGAAAAUUACCAGCAAGAUGAUAAAAUAAUUGUACCUGAAGUUUUAAGAAAAUACACUGGUUUUGAUGAAAUUGAAUUAAAUUAA